UCUAUCUUCCUUGUGACUUCUAACAAUCUCUCUCUCUCUCUCCAAUGGAUGAAAAAGGAAGCAACGCCCUUAGCCUUAGUGAGGACGAGAUGGACCUCCGAAGAGGCCCAUGGACCGUCGAUGAGGACCUCGCUCUCAUCAAUUACAUUGCCACUCACGGCGAAGGUCGCUGGAACACCCUUGCCCUCUCUGCCGGGCUCAAACGAACGGGGAAGAGUUGCAGAUUGAGGUGGCUCAAUUAUCUCCGUCCUGAUGUUCGACGUGGAAACAUCACACUUGAAGAACAGCUUUUGAUUCUCGAGCUCCAUUCUCGCUGGGGAAACCGAUGGUCGAAAAUUGCCCAAUAUUUACCGGGUAGAACCGACAAUGAGAUCAAGAACUAUUGGAGAACCCGUGUCCAAAAGCAUGCCAAGCAACUAAAAUGUGACGUGAAUAGCAAACAAUUCAAGGACACCAUGCGUUACCUUUGGAUGCCAAGGUUGGUAGAGCGCAUUCAAGCAGCCUCAGCUGCCUCGACCACCGCAACCAUCGUGGCUAACGCCCCCACCGCCACCGUGGCAGCAACUGCAACGACCAACAAUGCAUACACACAUGGGAACAACAAUUUUGAGGUUCAUAAUCAUAACCACAAAAUGGGGUUGAGUCCUUCAGAGUAUGUGGGUUCACAACAUGUGACGACGCAAAGUUACACCCCGGAGAAUAGUAACACUGCUGCGUCAUCAUCAGACUCGUUUGGGACUCAAGUCUCAACAAUUUCUGAUAUCACUGACUAUUACAGUGUUCCGGUGAGUGGUAACAAAAACAACAAUUGUGCAGAUUAUUAUCAACCCUCUCAAAUUAGCUACUCGGAUUGCAUCACAAGCCCUUCUGGGUUGUUUCCUCAUCAGGGACUCGAUUUUCAAGCCGUGGAACCAAACAACCCGUGGAACAUGCAAAGUGGGGACUCCUCCGACAAUUUUUGGAAUGUUGAAAACAUGUUGUUCCUAGAGCAGCAACUCAUGAAUGACAACAUGUGAAACAUUGAGAAUAGGAAAGGGUGAUUAUUUUAUAAAAGAUGAAACUUAGAUGCACUUUUUUAACUACUAUCUUUAGUGUUGAUUUUAAUUGGAGUUAAAGUUAAGUGAAAUUUUAAUUUUAAUUAAACAACAACACUAAAAUCAACGACUGCAUUUAAGUUUUGUUCUUUUGUAAAUGAGAAAAAGAAAAAGGGUUGUUUGUGAAAUAUAGAGAGGCGAAAGUAGAAACAAGGAAUAAAUUAAAUUCAUGUGUAGCACACACCUAGAUAUAUAUAUAGGAUCUAGAAACUGUGGAUUAAUUAUAAUGAUGAAGAGAAGGAAUUGGGGGUUAUUUUUCAGCUUGUAUUUAUUUUUUCUAAUGGAGGCAGUGAAAAGGAUUGUAACUUGUCCAUUUUCUUUACAUAUCAUUUCAUUCUU